CUCCUGGCCUGCACCAGUACUAAUAAUAAUGCUUGUCAUUUCUUUUACUCUGCUUCAUGGCAGGGCCUAGGCCUAGGGCUUGAGCUGGAGAGCAAGGCCAGUACACCUCUGCAUAUGGGGAUGGAAUUAGUCUUUGGUUUUUACCUGUUCGUGUGUGUUCCUUGUUCCUGUGCAAUAAUGGGGCGGUGCUACAGGUUCCUUUGGCCGUGUUUCCUAGCGCACGCAUGGUUCAACUCCUGCCAUCAUCAGUGGCAUGCUGCUGCAUCGGAAGUUUUCGACGCUUCCAACAGCUCCAACGGCUCCAUGUCAGACGAUGGACUCGACCUGGAGGAGAUCCCAUGUCGUCUGAAGUGGCCGCGUGACCAGCUCUCCUAUCCAUGUGAAUUUGAAUUCUGUAAUAAUGCCCAAGUGGACCAUGCAGAGCAGAACCGGCUUGAUUGUCAUACGAGGAAGCGGUCGAUAUUCUCCAUUGACAAGAGCAAUUGCCCUGGAGCACGGCCGCCUGGCCGUCCUACCAUCUACAUGCCAUCAGACUCGGUGCUGGGAAUGGUGCGCAAGGACACCUACUAUACAAAGCCCAUUUGGAAUGCGCCUGCGUUCAAAAUCCACGUGGCUUGGCGUGAUCCAGAAGAUUCAAAGAAUCUGAUGGGGUACAGGGUGCAGCUGAUACGCGGUGGACUCUACGGUCCUGCGGAUACGUUUGACCUCGCAAAGGAACUAACAGAGACUAGUACAGGUCUGAAUCAGGUAGUUCUUGGACUGGAUACGUCCGGUACAUUGAGUCCGGGCAAUGCUUUGACGCUUCUUCCUAGCCAUUUCCUGUCUGAAGAUUUCUUCGCGCACUCUGUGGACACGCUCUAUGGAAUCCUGAUCACGUCACUUCCUGUUCCCACCGAAGACUCAAGCAUGUCGCGAGCGCAUGUGGAUUUCGUUCGCGUCAACAUUCCUUCCUGCUCGCCAGAGAAGUGCUUUGGAUUGCCAGAGCAAUACCUUCGACCCUUGGUGCCAACCUGCUCGGAACGCAAGCAUCGUAAAUAUGGAGCUCCAAGAAAGUUCUGCACUUGUGCUCAUAAGCACGAGAAGACAGUGGAGGUGCAAGAGACUGACAACGCUACUUUGAGGGAUUCAAUGAGCGUCACAUCGGUGGAUGUCACAACCCGACAACACGUGGUCACAUCAAGCCUGAACAUGUCCAGUAAUUCCUCCAGUAGGGGAAAGACUAAUCCGCCAGCCUUGCUGCCAGAAUCAGAAUCUAUCUUAAUACCUGCAGUGUCAGCAAUAGCAGGUUCCGCUCUCAUGAUGACUAUUGUCUGUUUAGCAAUGCUCUAUUGGUGGCAACGACAUGAUAAAGUUCGGAAGUGGAAUACAAAAGCUGCUCCCCCUCACCAUCACCAUCAUCGCCACCAUUACGCUACCGUGAACCAAAUCAGUACCAGCUGCAUGAUCGAGAGUGGUUUACUGACCAGGCUACCAUCCACUAGUACUGACAUGUCCGAUGAUACAAACAGGAGCUUGCCGGAUGCCUGCACAACGGAGGGGGGCAGCUUGAACUCGGCAGAGCGCGGGACUACAUCGCCGAGUCCCGCCGUCUACAUCAGCUACUCCCGGUUCACGGAAAGCAUCAAGCUCGACGCCAUACGUCUCUCCAGCGAGCUGUGUAGUCGAGGAUUUCAUGCCAUUCUGGACGUGUACCAUCAAAACGACAUUGCCGACGAUCGAGAAGGCUGGAUUUCAGAACAGAUGACACGGUCACAGUUUGUCAUUGUUCUUUUGGAUGAGUACUACCCGCUGAAUUUCAGCUCGGCCACGCUACGAAACAUGCUAGAAUCAGAGCAGGGUGGUCAUUACAACGAUGCUGUGAUCGAGAGUCGAGUCCUACAGGCCGGAGAUUUCGGAGGGUCGGCUGCAUUUAGUGUGUUACCAGUGUGUAUAGGCGGUGCAUUGUCUGGCCGCAGAUCCGUGUUGCCCGUUGCACUACGUACUAAGACCUUGUACAGGCUACCGCAGGGUUUCACGACCGGCAUGUGCCAGCAACUGCAGCAGCUACUUAACCGUCUUCUGGCCACCAGCUGCGAACAAACGUUUCAAUCAGAAGACCUCUAAACCUUGAUCCAGCGCCCUCAACUUGAUAACAACUUGAUCUUGAAUACUUAGUUUGUGUGACGAAUAUGUGAUCAUUGAUUUCGUUGAUUUCACCUCACUCCUUGAUAUCAUUACAAAGUUGUAAACAAUCCGAAUUAGAGCGAUCAUUUCCUUUUCUUAAAACCUCUUUUAAAAAAUGUCACUUCAAAUUUAUUGAGAAAUAAAUCCACUGCCAGUGCAGGCACAACAA